AUGCCCCUUUUCCUUCGCCCAGCUGGAGAAGAUGAUAGCCUGAGCAUUGGUCGCAUCGGCCAAGCCGCAUUUCAACACUCUCUGUCUACGAUGUUGUUCCCGACCCAUUUGCACUCCAAGUCCGAAACCGGUGACCCUAGGCUUGAUGAGGCGCAAUGGCGAGCUGUCAGAACUACGCGGAGGAUGAGAGAAGGCAAACCGACGUUUGUAGUUGUGGAUAGUUCGGAAGGUGGUGAUAGCGAUGGGCAGGUGGUGGGCUUCGCUCAGUGGGAAUUGCCUUCACAGGGAACGUCCUCGGCGAUUGGCGCCGCCGAACGCGAACAGCAGGACCCUUUCCCACCAUCCCUUGACCAGGAUGCGUUGCGGAAUACAUUCAAGAAAAUGGAUGAGAUGGCGAUGGCCGCACUCGGGUCAGAGAGACAUAGCAAUAUGUGGUAUCUGAUGUGCCUCGCCAUAGACCCAGGGCAUCAGCGCCGUGGGAUCGGUAGAAUGCUCCUGAAGCAGGGGCUUGAACUGGCAGAGAAAGCGGGGAAUGACGCCUUCCUUGUUGCCACCCCCGAAGGCAGGGGCUUGUACCGGUCGUUCGGUUUUGUCGAGGUGGGCGAGCCAGCUGUAUUGGGCGACACGCCUCACCACGUUAUGCUGUGGAAAGCACACGACGUGGACAAAUCAUGA